AUGCCGGUGAUGAAAGGAUUGCUGGCCCCGCAGAACACCUUCCUGGACACCAUCGCCACUCGCUUCGACGGCACGCAUAGUAACUUCAUCCUUGCAAAUGCUCAGGUGGCUAAGGGAUUCCCUAUAGUUUACUGUUCAGAUGGCUUCUGUGAACUUGCUGGAUUUGCACGAACUGAAGUCAUGCAGAAGAGCUGCAGCUGUAAAUUUUUACUUGGUGCUGAAACAAAUGAGCAGAUGAUUCUUCAAAUUGAAAAGUCACUGGAAGAUAAGGUGGAAUUCAAAGGAGAAGUCAUGUUUUAUAAGAAGAAUGGGUCUUCAUUUUGGUGCCUACUGGACAUUGUUCCUAUAAAGAACGAGAAAGGAGAUGUAGUACUGUUUCUGGCCUCUUUCAAAGAUAUAACAGAUACAAAGGUGAAGAUUGCUCCAGAAGAUAAAAAAGAAGAAAAAUGCAAAGGAAGAGGAAGAGCAGGUUCGCAUUUUGAUUCAGCUCGGAGGCGGAGUAGAGCUGUCCUUUAUCAUAUCUCCGGACACCUGCAAAGAAGAGAAAAGAACAAAUUAAAAAUUAAUAAUAAUGUUUUUGUAGAUAAACCAGCAUUUCCGGAAUACAAAGUUUCAGAUGCAAAAAAGUCCAAAUUCAUACUGUUGCAUUUUAGCACUUUUAAAGCUGGCUGGGACUGGCUUAUUUUACUGGCAACGUUUUAUGUUGCUGUGACUGUACCUUACAAUGUUUGCUUUAUUGGCAACGAUGAGCUAUCUACAACUCGAAGCACAACUGUCAGUGACAUUGCAGUGGAAAUUCUUUUUAUCAUAGAUAUUAUUUUAAAUUUCCGAACAACCUAUGUCAGCAAGUCUGGCCAAGUUAUAUUUGAAGCAAGAUCUAUUUGUAUCCACUAUGUGACUACCUGGUUCAUCAUUGAUUUAAUUGCUGCACUUCCCUUUGAUCUCCUUUAUGCUUUUAAUGUCACUGUGGUGUCCCUUGUCCACCUCCUAAAGACUGUCCGAUUGCUGCGUCUUUUACGUCUUCUUCAGAAGCUGGAUCGUUAUUCCCAGCACAGCACAAUUGUCCUCACACUUCUUAUGUCUAUGUUUGCAUUGCUUGCUCACUGGAUGGCAUGCAUUUGGUAUGUCAUUGGAAAAAAAGAGAUGGAAGAGAAUAAUCCCGUUACUUGGGAUGUAGGUUGGCUUCAUGAGCUGGGGAAACGUAUAGAGUCUCCUUACUAUGGCAAUAAUACAUUAGGAGGCCCGUCAAUCAGAAGUGCCUAUAUAGCUGCCCUGUAUUUCACUCUCAGCAGUCUCACCAGUGUUGGGUUUGGAAAUGUUUCAGCCAAUACUGAUGCAGAAAAGAUUUUCUCCAUUUGCACAAUGCUGAUUGGGGCUUUGAUGCAUGCCUUGGUGUUCGGAAAUGUGACUGCUAUAAUUCAGAGGAUGUACUCCAGAUGGUCCCUUUAUCACACAAGAACCAAGGAUCUAAAGGACUUUAUACGGGUCCAUCACCUGCCACAGCAGUUAAAGCAGAGGAUGCUUGAAUAUUUCCAAACCACCUGGUCUGUCAAUAAUGGAAUAGAUUCCAAUGAGCUUUUAAAAGACUUUCCAGAUGAGCUGCGCUCAGACAUCACCAUGCACUUGAACAAGGAGAUUCUGCAGCUGUCCCUUUUUGAGUGUGCCAGCCGUGGUUGCCUCAGGUCUCUGUCUCUGCAUAUCAAAACCUCCUUUUGUGCUCCUGGGGAGUACCUCCUGCGGCAGGGAGAUGCCUUGCAGGCUAUCUAUUUUGUGUGCUCAGGUUCCAUGGAAGUACUGAAAGAUAGCAUGGUGCUGGCAAUUCUUGGUAAAGGAGAUUUAAUUGGAGCAAACCUCUCAAUUAAGGACCAAGUUAUUAAAACAAACGCAGAUGUUAAAGCUCUAACCUACUGUGACCUCCAAUGCAUUAUCCUCAAAGGACUCUUUGAAGUGCUCGAUCUUUACCCGGAGUAUGCUCACAAAUUUGUGGAAGACAUUCAGCAUGAUCUCACAUACAAUCUGCGAGAAGGCCAUGAAAGUGAUGUAAUAUCAAGAUUAUCAAACAAGUCUACACUAUCCCAGACAGAGCCCAAGGGAAAUGGCAGCAUAAACAAGAGACUCCCAUCAAUUGUGGAAGACGAGGAAGAUGAGGAUGAAGGAGAAGAAGAGGAGAAUGUCAUUCUUUCUCCAAUCCACACGAGGAGCACAACCUCAUCCCAAGAGAAGAAGGCUGGAAGCAGUAAAAGCUAUCUAGGGAUAAACUUGAAACAGUUGGCCUCAGGAACAGUGCCCUUUCACUCCCCUAUCCGAGUUUGCAGUUCAAACCCUGCAAGAACCAGACAUGAAACUGAACUCCACUACUACUCCAGAAAGAGAGAGAAAAACCUAAAACUGCACCUUUCAACACUGAACACCAUUGGUCCCCCUGACCUCAGCCCAAGGAUUGUUGAUGGGAUUGAAGAUGGAAACCAUAAUGAGGGAAGCCAGACUUUUGACUUUGGCUCUGAUCAACUCAGGCAGGAAUCCCGGGUAUCUCCUACAAUUGUGGACUCUGAAGUUGGUGCUGCAGUGCUAGUUAUCAAAGCAGAAGAAACCAAACAGCAGAUCAGCAGGCUUAACCAUGAGGUCGCUACUUUAACUCAAGAGGUCUCACAAUUAAGAAAGGACAUGAAGAACGUGAUGCAUCUUCUGGAAAACUUAUUGACAUCACAGAAGCCUCCAGGGUUCUGUGCAGUGCAUGGCACAUCUGUGAGUCCUACAUUGGAAAGCUUACAGCCUAGAAUGACUUGGACUACACAUCAACCUUGUAUGCAUAUGCAAGCUGGGAAUAUUACUUGCACCAAAGCACAACUUUGCCAUGGUAACACGACUCCUGACAUUUGGCACAAGGAUCCAUCUUCUGUAGGGAGCAGUCCCCAAAGAACUGAAUCCCAUGUUCAAAAUUCUAUGGACAGUGAAUUUUAUUAUACUUCAGGCCUUGAAUAUUCACCUUCCUGCUAUCAGGUAAAUCAGAAGGAUAAUUUGCAGUUUUUAAGAUGCACCUCUCCAUAUUCAGAUACUACCUUGACUCCUCUUCAGUCUAUUUCUGCAACUCUUUCUUCCUCAGCAUCCUCCUCCUCAGAGACUUCACUGCACCUUGUGCUCCCCAGCAGAUCUGAGGAAAGUAGCUUUAGCCCAGGAGCAGUCAGUUCACUAAGCUUUGAGAACUUGCCAGGAUCUUGGGACCUUGAAGGAACAACAGGAGCAGUUUCUGCACAAACCUCUGAAGAUUUCCCACUAGAUGUUGUGACAAGCACAAUGGAUAUUAAAGAUAACCAAGCCAUAAAUGUAUAACGAUAGACCAAUA